AUGGAACAUAACAUGGAAUCGUCGAUGAGUAAAAAUUCCGUUCAAUAUCUGAUCCGCAAUCCAUUUUCUACGUUGACUUAUGAAGAGCAAAUAGCAAUAAAGCAACUAGGAAGACCUACUCCAGACCUAAAAGGUCUCGUUUCAAAAUCGAAAAAAGACAACAAGGAAUACACUCGUCAUUUUCAUAUGGAUACCUACAAAAAACACACGUGGUUGUGCGGGUGCGAAGUCGAACAAGCAUUGUUUUGUUUUCCGUGUUUAUGUUUUGGUAAUGAAACUUCGUGGACUGAUUGUGGUGUAAAACACUUGGGCCAUUUAUCGUCGAAAAUAAAAAAACACCAAAAUUCAUUUGAUCAUUUGCAAAAUGAAGUUAACCUUAAAGUACUCGGUAAUGGUACUGUAAGCGACGAAGCUGAUAAACUUUAUGAAAUAGAAAUACAACGCCACAACGAGCAAAUCGAAAAAAAUCGUUAUAUUCUAGAAAAAUAUCUCAAAUGUGUACAAUUUUGUGGGAAAUAUAACGUUUCACUGAAGGACCGCGGUGACAAUAAUGCAAUGACCUCCGACAACAACUACGAUGAAUUCCUAGGCGCUGUUGAACUAUGCAAAGGUUGUGACGUAAGUCUGCGGUGCUAUUUAGAAAAGUCGACUAGCAUAGAUUGGACUUCAAUGACCAUAUACGACGAUUUAUUGGACUGCAUAUUUCUUGUAGCCCGUCAGAAAAUCUUAUCAGAAAUGGAAAUGGUUCAAUUCAUUUCAAUAAUUGUCGACGGGACCACCCAUGUUUCAAACACAGUGCAUUUGGUUAUACUGUUCCGCUAUGAAUUAAAAGGUAACCCCGUCGAACGUUUUUGGGGGUUUUUGAAGGCUGCCAACGGACGCGAUGCAAGAUCAUUGUCGCAGGCAAUAAUGUCCGAAGUGAACUCGGUCUUAACAGACGCGCCGUACAAAAUAGUAGCUCAAUCGUACGGCGGUGCAGCGGUUAUGAGUAAAGUAAAUGUCGGAGUUAAGGAAAUGUACCCGUACGCGUACUAUAUGCAUUGCCACACGCACCAGUUGCACGUAGAAAUGACCCAGGCGAUUUCGGGGAACAAAGAAGUCCAAAUGUUCUUUUCGGAUUUGUCGGACAUGACUGAAUUUAUUUCAAACUCGCCGCAAAUGAUAGACGGAAUAACGGGCAACCGGUCAUCGCGGACCGGGUGCAAUUUCACCGCGAUGAGCGGCACUCUGAACACUGUUUACAAGUAUCGAAGUGAGAUAAUGCGCUGUAUGGACAUUAUAAUAGAUACAUCGCAACAGACGUCGACAAUUAAACAGGCGGGAUCGAUAAAACGUUUACUGAGCGAUUCGGUGUUCGUAGUGUGGUUGGCGGUCUUCUAUGAAAUAAUGCCAAACGUCUACAGUCUGCACGACAGAGUGUAUACCGCCGCAUUGGACGACUCUGCUGACGAACGUAUACCGAUUUUGGUUCAACAGUUCGAAAGACAAAUAUCUGACAUACGUAAUAAAGUUCCCGAUAUUAUUGAAGUUUCUUCGAACUUGCCGGACGUAAAUGUUAAAAGAAAACGUUCCGAGUAUUACAAUAAUUUUAAUAACCACGAAAAUGAAUCUCGAAAACAAUCAGCUAUUGACAUUUGUAAUACUUUAAUAGAUACAACUAAAGAUCGCUUAGAGUUCACUAAACACUUGACCGCAGUUAAGCUAUUUCAAGCUGAAAAAUACCCUGUGUAUACGAAAAAAUUUCCAAUUCAAUUACUUCUUUGUACGUUUAAUUGUUACCCAUUUUUCGAUAAAGAUAGACUGAAAACUGAACUAGAUGUCAUGUAUUUUAGAGAUGAUUUUCGUACUUUGUCCGGUAUUAUUCCAACACAUCAAUAUAUUUUAAAGAAUAAUAUGAUUGAUACUUUUAAAGAAGUGAUUUUGCUAUUAAGAGUAUUAAUAACAGUUCCUCCAAUGACCACUGGACAAGAAAACAGUUUUUCAACUUUAAAAAGGAUUAAGACUUGCCUAGGAAACACUACGGUUGAAGAAAAAUUAAAUGCUCUAACAAUGUUAAAUAUUGAAAACAAAAUGAUUUCAGAUGAUACUGAUUUUAAUAAAAAAGUAAUUGAAAUGUUUAGUGAAAGAAACAAUAGAUGUUUAGAUUUUAAAUAUAAAACUAAAUAG